CAAUAGGCCACAUAGCAAAUAAAGGAAACAAACAACAUACGAAGAGAGAGAGAGAGAGAGAGAGAGAGAGAGAGAUCCAAGGGACAGAGAAGAAGAAACUAGAGAGUCAGCGUGUGAGAGGGGAACAGGCCGAUCUCGCAGCUUCUGAGAGUUUCCCAAUUUAUCCAUGAAAGUUUAUAAAUUUGAGUACAUAGAUAGAAGGUGGAGGCGUAGAUGCAUGUCUCGGGUCUUUUCCUCGAUCCCUCUUGGGUCUUGCAGCUCGUGUUCACUGCGUUUCUAUUUGUUCUCGGGUUUUUGCACCUGGUGAAGAAUACAGCAUCCAAGUAUUUCGUCGUCGACGCGAAUUUCGACGGAGGGGGAGGAGGUGGUGGAGUCGUGGCAACGGGUGACGGCAGCCUGGGCACUGGCGAGGAGAUGCUCGCCGUUGAUGGCGGUGGUCAGUUAUGCGCCAUGUGCGGCAAUUCGGCCAGAAAGAAGUGUUCUGGCUGCAAGACUGUUCGAUAUUGCUCUGAAACUUGUCAGAGGGAACAUUGGAACAAAAUUCACAAACACAAAUGCAAGGAACUAAAAUCAGCUGGCAAUGUAGCUUUGAAGCCACACAGUGGUAGUUUCGAGAGAAGGACUUCCAGCCAUGGAGGUAAAUUAAAUGGUCCAGCUUCAAUGGAUCCUGGCAAUGAAACCUGCAAAGCGCUUCAGCAGUCAAAGAAGGUUCUGUUUCCAUAUGAUGAAUUUGUGAAACUUUUCAGCUGGGACAAGCUGGGUUUCCCCCCAUGUGGCCUUCUAAAUUGUGGAAACAGCUGCUUUGCAAAUGUGGUUCUGCAGUGUCUUGGAUUUACACGGCCCCUUGUUGCUUACUUGUUGGAGAAAGGCCAUAGGAGAGAAUGCAGGCGGAAUGACUGGUGCUUCUUAUGUGAACUUCAAACUCAUGUUGAAAGAGCAAGCCAAAGUUUGCAUCCAUUUUCACCAAUCAAUAUUCUAUCCCGGCUACCUAAUAUUGGUGGUAACCUUGGUUAUGGAAAGCAGGAGGAUGCACAUGAAUUCAUGAGGUUUGCUAUUGAUACAAUGCAGUCAGUAUGCCUUGACAAAUUUGGGGGAGAAAAGGUUCUCCCUCCUAGCUCUCAAGAGACGACCCUUAUUCAACAUAUAUUUGGUGGCCACCUCCAGUCUGAGGUGAUAUGUACACAAUGCAAUAAGAUCUCAAAUCGGUGUGAAAAUAUGAUGGACUUAACUGUUGAAAUUCAUGGCGACGCAACAUCUCUGGAGGAGUGCCUAGAUCAAUUCACUGUCAAGGAGUGGCUUGAUGGGGAAAAUAUGUAUAAAUGUGAUGGGUGUAAUGAGUAUGUCAAGGCAUGGAAACGUCUUACCAUUCACCAGGCUCCAAAUAUUCUCACCAUUGCUCUUAAAAGAUUUCAGAGUGGGAGGUUUGGGAAAUUGAACAAGAAAGUUACCUUCCCUGAGACUCUUGACCUUGGUCCAUACAUGAAUGAAGCAAGAGGUGGUGCUGAUUUAUAUAGGCUUUAUGCCGUUGUUGUUCAUGUGGACAUGCUGAAUGCAUCAUUUUUUGGCCAUUACAUUUGCUAUGUCAAGGAUUUUCGUGGAAAGUGGUACCGGGUUGAUGACUGUAAGGUCAUGACUGUAGAAUUGGAUGAGGUACUUUCCCAGGGAGCUUAUAUGCUAUUAUAUAGCAGGAUUUGUGUGCGACCAACAUUUGUCAAGCCCCUGGAAUCUUCAACAAAUGAGUUGCAGCUGGUGGAAGAGCCCCCAGAAAGAAAGCCACCAUGUUCACAACCAAUUGAUUCCUUAGUCAUUCCUGGGUCUAUUGAUUCUGUUGGUGGUAAUGGCUGCCAAUUUUCUGAUGUUCCACACUCAGAGGAUUUGAAUCCAGAAGAAGAAUCAUCUAUUGGUGUUCAUCCAGAACCUGCAAAAGAACACCCACAGGAUAUGGAUGUGGAUUGUCCUGAUUCAGGUUCUUUGCGUUUGAAGAAUAUUGAAGGUUGCUGCAGUAACGACUCUAUCCCAACAGAAGCAGCUUCUGUUGAAUUCUUGCAGGAAGGGUUUUCAGAGGAUAUGAAUUUGGAUAAUCCUGAUUCAGUUUCGAUGGGUCUGAAAAAUGUCCAUGGUCACAGCAGUAAAUGCUUUCCAGCAGAAAUUGGUGCUCCCGAUGAAUUUGUGCAGGGAGGAUAUCCACAAUUGGCUUCUAUAUGGGAAGCAUCAUCAUCAAUUCAGGUUCAUAGUUUGGAAAAUGGAAUGCCCAACAGUAUUUCUGGCCUGGGGUCCAAUUGUGAGGAUGGGCAUGGAGUGAGUAAUUACAGCAAUUGUUUUGUGUCAUUUGAAUCUUCAAAUGAAGAUUUGUGCAGUCAGAAAGAUGUCUGUGCAACAUCUCAGCCUCCUGAUGCUUCUUCGGUUAUUGGAAUUUUGGGCACAAAUGAUCCUGCUAGAUCUCAAUCAUUGACAAACACUAAUGAAGAUAAUGUAGUAACAGUCGAGUCAGAGAAAUGUUCUCAUGAAUCCUUGGAACCUAAAGCUUCAAAAUUGGCUAGGGACAAUUCUUGUUGCAGAGAAAAAUCGAAGCCACUUUUCCCCCCUGGUUUUCUUAACAAUGACACCAGUAUCAAGUCCCUGAAAAAAGGCCUGAAAGCCAUAAUUGGAUGCAAUGAAGUUAAUCCUCUUUGUACCAUUGAAAGAAAGUGCAGUGGUCUUUCUAAUCAAAGCACUGUCGAGGUUAAUAGUAGUUCAGAGUUUUUUAGCCAAUUGACAUCUAUUUCUUCUGAGAAACAACUUGAAUGUUCGAACAAGGAUGAGAUGGUAAAUAAAGAAGUAGGUGAGGUUGGAAAUCUCUUGAAUGGAAGCUGCAACGGAGACACUUUGUCUGGUUUUUCUGAUGCCGGCUGCAAUACAGGGCAGGGGGUGUUCUGUGAAAAUAGCAGUGAUAUUUUGGAUUACAAUAUGCUACCACAAGGGCCAGCGAAAAACCCUGGAAUAAAAUUGACUCCAUUGUUUUCUCUUGGUUUUCUGGACAAAGGCACCAGAAAAAGGUAUCCAAAUCGAGAUGAGAAAACUUCAUCGGAACUUGAAAUUGGUCCUUCCUGCAAGUAUGACGUUAACUGCAAUGGACUUGCUAAACCUGCUUCUUCUCAUCAAAUCACUGGCGAGGUCAAAGACAAUGAUACAAUAUUUUUAGAUCGCAGUGACCUGGUAACAUCACCUAGUCUUGUCAAGAAACAACCUAAUGAACAUCUAAAUAUGGAUGAAAUGGCCCAUAAACAGUGUGAAGUUGGCAAUCCUCACAACUACAAUGGAUAUGCUGAAUCUACUAUUUCUUAUGAGCAGUGGAGAAAUGCUAAUCAUUGUGAUCCAGGACAGAAGAUAGUUUAUGAGAACAAUGAGCAGGUUAAAGAUCACAGAGUGAUUUCAUCCCAAACCAAGGCAGCUUUGAAGCCAAUAUUAACUCCUGGUUUCCUAAAUAGAAAUGAAUCUUUGAAUGGUAAUGGGAACACCCAUAGAAAACCUGUUACAGCAGGUUCUUGCAAGGUUAAUACCAACUGCAAUGGAUUUGUUGAAAAUGGCUUUCUUCAUCAAAGCAGUGGAAAGGUUAACAAUCAUGCUGAAAAUUCCCCAGAUUGUGAUAUUUUAUUAGCAUCUUCUAGUUUGGUUGACACUCAAAAUGAGAAGUGUUUGAGUAAGGGUGAGAAGGCCAACAAAGGACUAGGUGAAGCUGGUAAUGAUUGCAACAAUUAUUGCAAUGGUGGUAAUGAAUUGCUUCUUCCUAAAGAGAAGAAUGGUAGCAACAUCCGUGGCUUUGAUUCAGGACAAAUGGCACUCUCCAGGAAAGGAGAGGACUGGCCAAUGGAUGACAGUAUGCAAUUACUUUUUCCAUGUCUUGGCAAGCCACUAGGAAAGAAUUCCUCAAAUGGAGAUAGGAAAUUCCAAGAUCUUGGUGAAACUAUUCAUCAUAAGGUAGAAGCAAAUUGCAAUAGAUUGGUUGAUGGGUGAAUUGUAACCCUGUCAAAAAUGGCAGAAGAUUUCUGGUUAGAUUUUGCAGGAAUCCAUUGAUUUAUUUCACCUUGGUUAAUUUAUCAUGUUUUUCUUGAAAAACCUCCAAGGAAGCUCAUAACCACAAGUGGUAAUUUCCCAAAAGAGGCAUGGUUAGUGGUUCCUUGGGAGUGAAGAUGGCCCCUUCAACUCAGCUUUUUAACAAUGGAAGGGAAAUAACUACCAGAGGCAUAGAAACAAGUGAAUUAAGAGCUGAUCAAUUGAGCAAACAGAAUUAGUAGUGUUGUUUCGGAUAUUGGGUCCAAGACCAGUAGAAACAGGUAGCUGCUGUCUGGUUGUUGUUUGAUUAUACACUUAGCUGCAUUCUUUCAUCUUCCAUUUCAAUAUUUUUGCAUGGUUCCACCAUUAAGAAAUGGUGGAUUGGGAGAUUUAUAUGGGUUUCCAUUAUUUGUAGAAAUCUGUUAAGCUCCUCUGCCAUGUUUAACUGAACAGCAUAUUUCUAAAGCAAAAAAAAGAAAAAAAAAUGCCAGUGUUUUUAAAUCGAUCUACAUUAUAUUUUUUACUCGUUUUCUAAUCUGUUGUGUGUGCAUUUGUAUUGGGUGGAAUUUGGGAGAAGUGGGAUAGGAUUUUCCCCAAAAACGCUGCUUGCAUGUAAAGACUGAGUGGUGAAUUUGGGUAUGGGAGAGUUUUAACCUAAAUUCCCUGGUCAGAAGUGUUUCGUGGCCUAGGUGCUUCCUUGUUGUGUGGUCAAU